AUGGAAGAAUUAAAUUAUAUGGCACCAGGCGUUGCUGGUAGUGAUAUUCGGCGAACAAAUGUACCAAAUAUACCUAUUGCCUAUCGUUACGAAGCAUUAUGCGAAGAACUAUGUUUGCUUGAAAUUGCAUAUAAAGAUCGACAAGAUAGUAAAGUCAAAGAUCGACACAGUUUAAAGCAUCAGGAAGUCUACCAGAUCGUCAUGGACAUUAGUAAAAAGACAUCUGCUGGUAAUACAGCAAUGCGUAAUACAUUUAAUAAAUGUGUUAAAGAUGAUCUUCAAUCUAUACUCGAUAAUUUUAUUGCUAUUAUUUAA